CAUUUAAAAAUAAAUGUUCAAAUCUCGGAGUCCAAGUUUAUACCUGGGGCCAUUUUAAGGAUUACAAUCUCUACUAUAUCCUUGCCUUUGAAGUCAAUUUUCAGCCGGUGUUGAGAUUUGCUGUUAAACUCUAAAGAUGGGCAGUGUAACGUACUAUUUGACUGUUGGAGUGGGGCUCGCCUGUGUUCUUUUGGGAACGUUGAAAGUUGCUCCCAUCGAGCCUGCACACGGGAACUUGGUCUCUUACAUGCACAAGUUCGCUGGAGUCUUCCCGCUUCGUGCCGUUGGCUUCCAGCCGUCCGGUGCCAUGUACUGCGCCGUGAUGGCUGUCUUGGAUAUCUUCUUCGGAGCUCUUCUGGCAUUCGGCCGCUACGACUGGCCUGUCAUCAGCUGCUUUGUCCUCCUCGUCAUAUCGGCCCUCUACAUCCACGGUCUGCUGGCUCUGAGCGCACCGAUGGUGGACUUCUUCUUCCCGGUGCUCCUCGCCGUACUUCUGUUGCUGCUGAUGUUCGGGCGCCAUGGACUGUGGGGCGGAUAUGGCAAGAUCCACCUGGCCUAAGCUGGAGUGUACGUGAGUGAGUCAAGAGUGUCCCUAAUCAGACUCUCACAGUAUGGUUGAUUAUUCUUAUCAACUAACAAGCCACCAUUUUAAUUAUCAUAUAAUCAAGGGACUUUAAAUUUCUGAAUAAAGUUUUGGUAAUUGUUAACUUGAUUUGCAGUGGAUGAGGCCGGGCAUAUUUUCUUCCGAGUUUAAAGAUCAAUGUAAUCUCUGUAUCUGUCAACAAGAAACAUCUUUGCACACCCACGGUUCACAAAGCCAAGGCAUGCUACGUUUUGCAAAGUUGGAUAUUUUUUUGUGUGUAUUCAUGCAAAGUGUGUGACAGUCAUUGAGUCACCUUUAAUCACAAAGAAUACUUUGAAUUGAAUGAAUAUUUAUUGACUGUAAAUCAAUAAUCAUGUAUUUUGUUCAUUAGAGAUAUUAAAUCAAUGUUUUGAACGUCUAAUUAACUAUAACAUACAUGUGAGAUAUACAGGUAUCUCACAAAAUACCUGAUCAAGAUUGCAUUCCGAAAUCAAUUGUCACAUAUUUUGCAAUAAUUUGCCAAACAGUAAACCUAAUAAUUAACUAAAGCAAGCCAAACACGAUGCUACGAGGUGCAUACAUGUAGAUCUUAAGAUUCAAGCCUGAGUGUUGCAUUCCCGGUACUUGGCAAGUUUGCAUGCUCAUAGGCGUUGGUUUACGCACAAUGUAUACAUGUACAUGUACACGUAGGUUUUACUAUUAUUACUAGAGUACAAUAGUACAUGUACAGUAGUUGAGGAUAGAAAUUUCAUUAGAAUCAUGUUUCAAAAGUAGUAAAUAGGAGAUAGUGUAAACUAUUAGUGUAAACUAAUAAAUUAACACUCUCACCAAUUUAUAUUUAAAACACCAAUCAUCCAAAACCACUGCCAAACUCAAAUCAAUCCUCUCUCCUAAGCCUCCAACAUAAAAGUACCAGAGCCCUAAAUCAAAACGACUGACUCAGAUCAUGGCCAGUGCAGGUCUAUCUGUCUUUUAUUAUGCAGCCUCAUACUGUACAUUUUUAGGCAAAGUAUAUUCAAAUGAAAUACAUCAUAAACCGAUAGCAAAAUAGGAUUUAAGAGUAAGACUGAAUAUUCAAAAGGAAAAGGAGAAGAGAACCGAUGAUAAGUAAGAAGUGGAAAUACCUAAGAUCCAUGAAUAAAAGAAGAAAGAGAACAAAGGAACAUACCAGGUGAGAUGGAAGACUUGGUAUGUAGAGGAGAUGAAUGGAGAAAGGAAUUGGGUUGAUCAGUAGUGAAUUGAAUAUGUAUAGAGAGAAGAGACUAGAGAACCAAAUAGUAAUUGUAACAAAUACAAGUAUGAAUUGGUCUUAUUUUAACUCUUACAAUAGUUUAGAUCAUGUAAUUUAAUUUUAAUAACAAACACAUAUUUCUUAAUAGCACUGAGCAGUUUGAGUGUUUAUUUGUGAGUAGGCUGGAGUAAGACUUUGGCAGUAAUCUUGUAUUUCUUGGUUGAUGUGUAUAUUUGGUAUUUUCUAUUUUUAUGAGUUCUAGAUGAGGGACAUUUCUUGUCAAAAUUGGACUGAAAAAGCCAGAGGUGAAUUUGGAGAUGAUAAAAUAGCGUAGUUGUCCUAGUGAUGUAUCUAUUGUAUAUGUAUAGCUGCCAUGUAAUUCUUUUUACAAUAUACCGUCAAAUGUUCAUGUACUUUUUACUUAGAUGUUUUGAUUUGAAUUUAUGUGAAUUUAAUCACAAAAAAUGCAAGAUAUUGAUUAUUGAACAAGUAUGAUUAGGAAAAUAUGAAAUUCUCUAUUACUAUUAUUAUUGCUCAUCACUGGACAUAAUUAUUAAAAGGCUACAUGUAAAGAUUUUAGAAACAUAUGUUCUCAUUCAAAAUUCAAAUGAUCAAUCUGUUCUAAAUCAUGUAUUCUAUGCAAAUUGAAAAGACCAUGCAACAUUUGCUAUGUUAAAAGUGAUGAUGGUUACUGAUUUGAAGAAGUUACAGGGUGAACUUUCCAUUCAGUAUUUCCCAUAUACAAGAUUUACAAUCUACUCUGUUAAACAGGAAGAAAAACGGUGUAAAUGAGAUUAUUUUUGGUUCGUGUUAACGAUAAGAUUGAGAUAUUACAUAUAGCUAUGGUGCCUCCAAAACGUGUGAUUAUACCCUCAGGAUUCAGCUGUAUUUGUAUUGAACAUUCCUAGCAUUGUCAUCAUUUUAUAUCCAAUUUUUUGUACCAUUUUAUUUAUACUGGUGAAAGUGUGCUCUUAGUCAAUUGUAUUGUUUUUUCCUAAUAAAGUAUAACUUCCAAAGACAA